AUGACCAGCAGAGCAACAGUCCGUCCAGCUCCCGAGCGCCCUUCCUGGUUCAUCCCUGACGACGCCGUCACCGACUGGUCCCAAGAACACGUUGCGGUCGGUGGCUAUGGCGAAGUCUUUACUGCUUUCUACUAUGGCUCUAAAGUUGCUGUGAAGCGUCUCCAUGCUCAUUUCGAUGACGAUGCCCUCACGUACUUUGCCCGUGAAAUCGGAGUCUGGCAUCGCCUGAGCCACCCGUAUAUCCUCCCUCUCCUUGGUGCCUGCGACAAGGACACCAGGGGUAAAUUCAUCCGCCCCUUCAUGGUCUCGCCGUUCAUGCCCAACGGAACCUUGCUCAAGUACGUCUCGGAUCCAAACAACCCUCGGUCCACCGAGGAAAAACUACGUCUGCUCUACCAGGUUGCUGCCGGUGUGGCGUAUCUCCACGGAAACAGCAUCAUCCAUGCUGACCUCAAAGCCGCCAAUGUUCUCUUGGACUCCUCUUUCAACGCGGUUCUGACCGAUUUUGGCCUCUCCCGAACCAAGCGCACCUCUGAGUCAGCGGCUCGUGCCAGGACCAGCGCUUUCGAAGGGGGAACUCAAGGUUACAUGGCACCCGAGAUGCUCGAUGGCGAUGAGCCAGCAGGCAACUCGAAGCUGACCGACGUUUUUGCCUUUGCUGUUACCAUCUACGAAGUUAUCAAUAACGGCAAGGUGUGGAUCACCAAGGACAAUACUCCCAUGCAGCCCUUUCAGAUUGGUUUUCAGAUCUGCAGCGGGAAACGCCCCAAACGCUUCGAUGGCAUCCCCGAUGAUAUCUGGGAUCUCAUCGAGCGCUGCUGGGCUCAGAGCCCCUCGGACCGUCCUUCUUUUGCCGAGAUCCUUGUCGCUCUCCAA